CUUUCCUCAACGAGUCCACACGACCACAUCUCUGUUCUGUACACUACACAACGACAUUCACUUCAACGAGGAUUACGGCCGCAGUAAUGCAGUAAAUGAGUUACGAUGUUGAUGAAAGACAUAUUGCUGCUCAAAUAAUGUCAUCUUUCUUUUCUUAGCUUGGAGUGCCGUUUGUGGAAUGAUGCCAUCCAAAGUCUAUCAGAAAUUCACGACCUACUAGUUUUCCUGAGUUGUCAUCAAGGUCUGUCAACAUGUUUGAAAAGUCGCUGGUGGACCUGAUUAAAGGUCUGCGCAGCCACAAGGGCAAUGAAGCGGAAUAUAUUCAAAGCGCCAUCAAGGAAUGUCGAAGUGAGAUUCGGUCACAAGAUCUGGACCUGAAGGCUACAGCACUCUUGAAAUUGAUCUAUCUGGAGAUGUUCGGCUACGACAUGACAUGGGCUGCCUUCAACGUUUUGGAAGUCAUGGCUUCGCCGAAGCUCAUGCAAAAAAGAGUAGGCUAUCUGGCUGCGGUUCAGAGCUUUCGACCAGAGACCGAGGUUUUAAUGUUGGCUGAGAACCUGCUCAAAAAAGACCUCACCUCGCCGACGAUUCCGAUUCUCUCGCUACCUUUAACGACUCUUCCGCAUUUUGUCACUUCUUCAUUGGCCUUGUCAAUUCUCACAGAGCUUCUUCCUCGAUUGUCACAUUCGCAGCCUGCUGUACGGAAAAAAACCAUAGUUACGCUGUAUAGACUAGCCCUGGUCUACCCGGAAACUCUCAGAGUUGCGUGGCCGAAGAUCAAGGAGCGUCUCCUGGAUGAGCAAGAAGACAGCAGCGUUACUGCCGCCACUGUCAAUGUAGUCUGUGAGCUGGGAUGGCGACGGCCUCAAGAUUUCCUCCCUUUGGCACCCAGAUUAUUUGAGCUCUUACUCGCUCAGAAGAACAAUUGGAUGGGAAUCAAAAUUAUCAAACUCUUUGCUGUUCUUACGCCGCUGGAACCGCGACUUGUGAAGAAGCUGGUCCGGCCACUGACGAAGUUGAUCCAAGAGACCACGGCGAUGUCCCUACUAUACGAAUGUAUUAGCGGAAUCAUCCAAGGUGGCAUACUCGAUGGUGCGGAAAGUGGAGUGGACGUGGAAGAAGUUGCUGAUCUUUGCAUCUCCAAGUUGAGAGGCAUGAUCGUCCUCGAUGGCGACCCGAAUUUGAAAUACGUCGCACUUCUAGCCUUUAAUAAAAUCGUGGGCACACAUCCGGCCCUUGUUUCUAUGCAGCAAGACGUCAUCAUGGCGUGCUUGGACGACCCAGACAUCUCGAUCAAGAUGCAAGCAUUGGAACUGGUCUCCGGCAUGGUCAACAGCGACAGCCUUCAAGCUGUUGUGAACAGGCUCAUGAAGCAACUCGCUAGUCUGCCAUCUUCUAACGAUGGGAGCGGUCAUUACGAUGAAGGGCAGACAGAUAUGGAACAGAGGCUAGUACCAGAUGAAAGAGGAUCCGAGAACGCACCUUUAUCCGAUGAAUACCGACAUGAAAUCAUUGGUAGGAUCCUGGAUAUGUGCUCACAAAACACCUACGCAAACAUCACGGAUUUCGAGUGGUAUAUCGAGAUACUUGUUCAUCUUGUACGACAUCUUCCAGCCGACAUGAAUCAGUCUCAAUCGAGGGCUAUGGGUGACAAUAGCAAUUCUUUGGGUGCUCGAAUAGGGUCCCAACUUCGCGACAUUGCUAUCAGGGUAAAAGAACUUCGCCCAGAAACCACCAGAGCUGCGGAAACGCUCGUGCUCCUGUCCAACCGGGCAAUUGCAUAUCCAAGACACGGCUCUGGGCAAAGUCAAGUCCUGCAAUCCACGGCGUGGGUUUGUGGUGAAUUCGCAGAGUAUCUCUCGAACCCUUACGAAGUUCUCAACUCCUUGAUCCACGAGUCGUCUUAUGGGUUCGCUCCCAGCACGUUGGCUAUUUUCAUUCAAGCUCUCCCAAAGGUAGUCUCACAUAUCGCCAUGGUUACUAAUCGAGAAUGGAAUAUCUCAAGGGGAACGACUAUGUCCUUGUUACUGGCUCGGGCGACUGAAUUUCUCGAGAAACUAUCAUCUCAUCCCAAUUUAGAGGUGCAGGAACGAAGUGUUGAGUUCUUGGAACUUCUCCGGCUUGCAACGGAGGCGCUCUCAGCACAAGCCAGCAACAGCAUCCACGCGCCACUUCUUCUCACCUCUGCCAUCCCGUCGCUUUUUGCCGGGUUGGAACUCAACCCUGUCUCCUCGCUAGCACAGAAGAAAGUGCCUCUUCCUGACGAUCUUGAUCUGGAUGUUCCCAUCAACCCAGACCUGCCAUCUAUCCUGCAAGCAUCACAGGUGGCGGACGAAGACGAGUCUGGUGAUGAUGUCUUCCACGCAUUCUACCACGAGCGAGAGCUUGUUCCGGUAGCUACAUCUUAUCAAGCUCCUACGGCCGCAGCAUUGCUGGACGCUGCAGCAGAAAACGAACCCGUCUCCUAUCAAUCUGCCCCAGAAUCUCCAGCCACGUUAGCCAGACGAAAAGCUGAAAGACUUGCUCGGGCAAGAGAUGAUCCAUUCUACAUUGCCCCGGCAGAUGAUGCCGAUCCCCGCAUCCACGAUAUCAUUAGUAGGACGAAUGGCGAUGAAGAACUGGAUGUUGAGUCGAUUCCUAUAAUAGAUCUGCAAAUUGACCCUGCUCAAACUGCUGCAGCACAUCAGACAGCAGAUAUACCAGAAAAGCGAACUGCCAGAAAGAAGAAGCCAGCUCGCAAAUUUGUAAUUGCUGCCGAUGAAACUCUCGAUUCAGAAGCACAAACUCCUCAAAUGUCACAAUCCCUAUCGACUUCCAAUGCUGCCUCACACUCAUCCACGCCGACAGCGAAUCGGCCUCGAUCUCUCAGUCCUAAUGCACAACUUCGUAGCAAGACCUCUGCGCGGCCAACUCGGAGCUUGCUGACCGUUGACUCAUCUACAUUACAAAAUUUAACACUGGAGGGAGAGUCUGCUGAAACUGAGCUGGACAUUCUCCGCCGUGAAGCAGAGGAGGCCGAGAUGGCACGAGCCUUACGUGAAGUCGAAAGGAAAAGACUUGAGAUGCAGCGUGAAGCCGAACGUGGAAGAACCACUCUUGGUGAAGGUGUCGACGCGGAUGGCACUGUCGUUCGCAAGAAGAAAAAGAAACGGACGAAAAUUUUGGAUUCAGUCAGUGCAACAGAUGUAGCAGAUGAACCACAGCCCGAUUCAGGGACAGUCAAGAAGAAAAAGAAGAAGAAAAGGGUCAAGCCGGCGGAGACUUCCCCAGUUGGCGAUGAGCAAGAGGCUGGAGGCAAUUGAACUUGGGUAGAAGUAUUGUUGUUGCUUUGACCAAAGGAAGCAUGAUAUUUAUCAACACGCGGCAGCAUCUAAGGCAAGCAGCGACGACAAUUCUACCUUUCCGAGAUUGAUAUCAACCCGAUUUUCCAAAGCCUGAUCCGAAUCACAAUUUUUAUAAAACACACUCUUCUUGGCUUGAGCUCUUCGGGAGGACCUCCUCGCUCUUGUGGCUUUGCCAACUUCUCACAGCUUUGUAUUCUGCAAUACGCCCGGCUGUAACAUUUCUAACCUUUCGCAUAGCAGACCCCAAACAUACGAUGCUCUUUUAUCGUCUCGUACAAUUGGUGCAUAUUUCUGUACAGCCCCAGCUCUCAUAUACAGGCCAUGUGUCUGUCUGCCCGCCGAAGCGGCCUGCACCACCAGCCGCGAACCCUCCUCGGAAGAACGUGCGGCGAUGGCUUCGAAGAUUUUGAAGAAGACCUUGAUCACUCCCGUCAACUCGCUUGCUAGGCCUGUCUUGCAGAAGCAUGGGUCGAGAGAGUUGAUCACGAUCGGGUUUGGGUCAGGCGCCUCGACGGGGUCGACGGCAGCAGACAACUUGAUGACUGCAAACAUCUGUAAUAGUUUGGAGAGAUUGUACCUUGAUCCAACCAUGCCGUCAGCAAAGGAAGUUUCCAAAAGAGCGGGACCCUGUAGGGCUCGACCUACUGGUUCAUCGGAUCCACGUGCGACUCUUCCUUGAACCAGGCGAAAAUGUCGUCGCCGUGAUUCUCAGGCCACUUUGCCGCAUCAUAUAGGGCCGAUCCAACGAAGGUCAUGUGCGGCGUGGUCCCAUGUUUUCUAGCCGACUCCUUUAGCUUUGGGAUUACUUGCAAUGCGAGCAAGAAAGUGCCGAUGACGUUCACUGCAAGAGUACGCUCGGUGUCGUAUACGAGUUUGAACUUGAUGGUUUGAAUGCCGGCAUUGUUGAUCAAAACGUCCAAGCGAGGAAGGGUGUUGACCCGAUCAGCAAAGGACUUGAUGGACGGGGGUGACUCGAGGUCAAGUUCCCAUACUUCGAUGAUAGAUGGACUGCAGUUCAACAAAGCCUCGAUCUCUUGCUUGGCGUUCUUGCCGCGGGAUUGACUACGGCAUGCUAAGAUGACUCUGGUGGCACCGAGGCGAAUGAUGUGCUGGACGGCUUCCUUUCCCAGACCACUGUUGCCGCCAGUGACAAUGACGGUCUUGGAUGCGAACGAGGCCGAAGGCUUGGGGAUCCUGAGAAUAAAUUGGGUGUGAAGAAAGUUGCCAAAGGAAGGCAUGAUGAUGGACUAGAGGUAAUACUUGCACGAGCAUCUGAAUGAAUAAACCUGUUUCCAUUG